AUGACGGCGAGUAACAACCGGGUGUCGACCUACACCACGGGGUCAGGGGACGACGCCCGCAAUGGCGAACAGAAGAAGGACCUGUGGACGUCCAUGCUGGAGUCCGUCGCCAGCGGCAAGCGCCUACCGGAGAAGAACCUCAUUGUCCUAGGCGGCACUCCCGAAUCGCAACGGGACUUCCUCGAAUCUCUGUCCGGCUCCGAAUCCAGACGCAAUGCCGACCGCCAUAAGACACCGCCCAUUGCCAACAGCUUCGCCCUGGGCUACACCUACUACGAUGUCCUCGACGCCGACCAAGACGCUUCAGAUACUCUUGCGCGCGUCUCGCUCUACUUCCUCUCCCAGCCCUCCGCCGAGUUCGCCUCCCUCGUCGCUCCCCUCCUCACGCCCGAUGCCAUUCCCAAUACCGCCCUCAUACUACUCCUCGACUGGUCACAGCCGCAUCUGUGGCUGCGUCAAAUGUGGACCUGGAUUCAGCUCCUCCAGGAGGUCCUCAAGAAGGUUGAUUCCGAGCAACAUAACCUGAUGGAAGACGUCAUGUCGGCUUGGAAGGAGAGAGGUCGCGGCGGCGCAGCUACCAAUCUUGACGGAACGCCCUCGGCCACCGCAACGAGCGGUGACGGAGACAGCGCGUUGCCACUGGGACCAGGAGAGUGGGAGGAACCGCUGGGAUUGCCGCUAUGUGUGGUUUGCCAGAACGCCCAAAAGAUGGAAUUUCUGGAAAAGAACCAGGGUUGGAAAGAACCCGACUUCGAUACAGUAUUGCUAUACCUCCGAACCGUGAUAUUGAGACACGGCGCUUCUCUCAUCUACACCUCUCAAAACACACCCUCCCAACUGCCAACACUCAUCCACUCAACCCUCGGAAUCACCUCUCUUCUCAAGCGCAACCCCCUUAAAAUCAACGUUAUUGACCGCGAUAAGAUCGUGGUGCCUACUAACUGGGACUCGUGGGGCAAGAUCCGCGUUCUUGCCAAUAACUUCGAUGCUGAAGUCGUCUCCAACAGCUGGUCCGAGGAUAUCAGCUCCUCACCGGCUGACAUUGAGGCCGCCAAGAAAGCUGCUGAAGAAGACGACACGCAGCCCGGCCAGCAGCGCCCGCCGAGCAACUCCGCCAUCGCGCGGUAUGAGGAGUGGUGCCGGGAUCCCAACAGCGGCGGGCUGGCCGUGGUGGAAAGCGCCAUGCAUGGAGACCACUGGAUCAAUGUCGAUAGCGACGACACGCAGGUCUUCCUUGAACGCCAGCUCAAGAUCCUCGAAGCCUUCAAGGCCAAGGUCCCCGAAAAGGCGCCCGAGAACGCCAUCUCCCUCACCAGCAAGCGUAUGGAGUUCAGCGACGAAAAGUCCGUCAGCGAGCACAUCGGUCCGGUACAGUUCAACAUGGGCGGCAUCCAGGUCGAUGCCGACGAUAUGUUACAGCGCCUCAAGGACCGCAACGCACAUACCGCAUCCCCCGAAGGAGAACACGAAGAAGGCGAGAGCCCCGCGGACAACAUGGUCAAGGAAUUUGACAACGACCAGCUGCAGAGCUUCUUCACGGGCCUGAUGAACAGAACGGGCAGCACCUCAGACACACCCCGAUCCUGA